AUGCCCAGUUUGACUUCUUCGGGAAGCGGGUGGCCGUUGGGUCGUCCGACGGUGUCAUCCGCAUCUUCGACGCUGCCUCCACCACCUCUGCGCCCCUUUGUGAACUCUCGGGGGCUGCUGGUGAGCUGCAGCUACGACCGAAGGGUGAUCGUGUGGCGAGAGAACAGCCCCAACUCGUGGGAGAAGACCUUUGUCUAUGAAGCUCACGAGCUCUCCGUCAACUCGGUGUGCUUUGGGCCGCACGAACACGGCCUGCUCGUGGGCUGCGCUUCUUCGGACGGCUCGGUCUCGCUACUCCGCUACCAGGAGCUCAAGACCCACACAACCACCAAUCCGGCAGCCAACGAGGGACAGUGGAACGCGCAACGUUUCAUGGCCCACCACAUGGGCGUGAACGCCCUCGUGUUCGCCCCCUCGGCCGGCGAGGAGUCCCUGCCCGCCGUGGGCGCCGCCAUGCGCUUUGCCACCGGCGGCUGCGACAACCUCAUCAAAAUCUGGCGGUAUGAGGUCAUCACCGGCGACGCGGUGUGCGAGGAGGUGCUGAAGAAGCAGACCGGCUGGGUUCGCACUCUGGCCUGGACCGCCUUCCCGGGCUUCAACGUGGGCGCGCUGGCCAGCGGCUCGGCCGACAGCACCGUGUGCGUAUGGCGAGGCUCCGACAUCGGCAAACCGUUCCAGCCCUCCGUCCUGCCGGCCUUUGCGGAGGAGGUCUGGGACGUGAGCUGGUCGCACGAGGGCGCCACCGGCAAGCGGCCCACCCUGGCCGUCACGACCGGCGACGGCCUCACCACCUUCUGGCAGGUGCCCUUCACCGACAACACCACCGCCACCGGCGGCUCCAGGGUCGCCUGGGCCAAGAUCGACGCCUGA